GUUAGGUCUGGUACCGCUACAAGCCAGAGCCAGAGGACCGAAUGACAGAGCGGAGAAGAGGAGAGCUGGGGGAAGAAGAAGAAGAAGGAGGAGGAGGAGGAGGUGAUGAUGAUGAGGGAGGAUGUGACUGAAGGUGACAACAUCAGCAGCACCUCACGAAGGAAGCACGAGUCUGCCGCAAGACCGUCCAUAAGCAUAACCUCGAACGCGGCACAAUGAGCUGACAGUCGCUUUCUAUUUUUUUAUACGACAUUUUAUACGGACUGGUGUUCCCCCUCUCUGACGCCGGUGUUUUCCGUUAGAAAAGUAAUUUUGACCGUUCUACUCGCGCCGUUUCCCUCCGCAGUGUCAGCCUCGUUUCCACGAGCCUCGUGGUAGGACGUUCUGUCGAGGACCGGCCUUUUGCGGUGGGGGGCGCGGUGUUACCUGACAAGUUAUUCAUUCGUUUAUUAUUGACCAAAGGAAACGCAUCUCUGGCUUUUCUAGUUUAUGCUCUGCUUGUUUUGUACGCGGUGAAAAUGAUGAACUCGAUCCUGUUCGCCGAGGCAUCGACAGCCCCCGGGGUGGCCGCGGUGCCGGUCGGCGGAGCCUCCGGCUCGGGUGCGGUGACGAGCGCGCUGCGGAACGACCUGGGCUCCAACAUCCAUGUCCUUAAGACGCUCAACCUGCGCUUCCGCUGCUUCCUCGCCAAAGUGCACGAGCUGGAGCGCCGGAACAAGCUGCUGGAGAACCAGCUGCGGCAGGCGCUGGAGCGGCCCCGCUACCGGGGACUCUACUACAGCCGCGAUGUAGCGGUCCAGACGGAUCUCGUUCCGCCCGAUUCUCCGCUCCACGGGCCGUUCCGACACUCCAGACUGCCGGGGACCAUCUGGAGCUUCACACACGUGAGGAGGCACGGCGAGCGGCUGGAGACGCUGCAGGGCCCGGGGGUGUCGUGGGUGCACCCGGACGGCGUGGGGGUCCAGAUCGACACGAUCACGCCGGAGAUCAGGGCGCUGUACAACGUGCUGGCUAAAGUGAAGAGGGAGAGGGACGAGUACCGCAGCAAGUGGGAAGAGGAGGUACUGAGGCGAGAGCAGACGGAGUCCAUGGUAGAGACCCUGCAGCAGACCGUCCAGCAGUCAGAGGCUGUGCAGGAUGAGCUCAGUGAGACCGUGGACAGACUGAAGGCUGAGCUGGUGGUCUUCAAAAGCCUUGUGACCGAUCAAAUGUCUGAUCUGGACACCAAGAUCCAGGAGAAAGCCAUGAAGGUGGACAUGGACAUCUGCCGGAGAAUUGACAUCACAGCCAAACUGUGUGACGUGGCGCAGCAGCGUAACUCUGAAGACAUGUCCGUCAUGUUCAACGUCAGCCCAUCCAGAGCGCAACCAGACAGGGCAUCAUCGUCGUGCCGCAAAAAGGAGCGCAAGGUGGCAUCGGACGAAGACAGCUCAGAGAUGGACGCUGACCCCAGCACUUCGGAGGAGGAGGUGGCAGGUUCUCUCAACAUCACAGAUGAGAUGAAGCGCAUGUUGAACCAGCUAAGUUGCUCAGAUAAUUGCUUUGUUGCCAGGAGGGAGACAUUUGACAUUGAUGAUGACUGCGACAGCCUGACCUGGGAGGAGAAUGAUGAGACCCUGCUGCUGUGGGAAGACUUUACCAACUACAACAUGCCAUCUGCCAUCUGCACAGGAGACUGCCAUGGGGAAGGAGUGGAGGCUGCAUCUCAUGACGGAAGCUUGGGUAGACUCAUCGACGAGACAGAGUCUCUCUUCAAGACCAGAGAACAGGAGUACCAGGAGACCAUUGACCAGAUUGAGUUGGAGCUGGCCACAGCGAAGAGCGACAUGAACCGGCACCUGCAUGAGUACAUGGAAAUGUGCAGCAUGAAGCGGGGUCUGGACGUGCAGAUGGAGACCUGCAGGAGGAUGAUCAAGGGGGGCAGAAACUCCCCGUCUUUCAGCUCGGUGGCGAGCAGCGAUUCUGGGAACACCGACGAGAUCCAGGAUGAGCUGGAGAAGGACGUGGAAGCCGAAGGGCCGGUCAGCUGAUGACGGCAAGGCAAGGCCCUACCCUCCCCUGCUCCGGACCCAACGCCCCCUCAUGUUACCUGGGGGAAACGCAGGAUUUAUCCUGACGUCGUGACCCUGGAUGCUAAUAGCCGGGCCACAGCUCACGGCCCCCAUUUGCUAGGACUACGCCAUUCUUGUGGGAAGCUGGGGGUGUUCUCCAUGGCUUUGCGAGCGCGACAUGGGCGAUGGCCCCUGGCAGCGCCUCAGCUGUGCUUCCUUCCUCUAUGCUGUCAGCCCUGAAAGCCCCCUUCACACCAGCUUUGCUAGGCAGGGAAACGACACCUACUGAGGCACUCUUUAUUUAUAUAAGCCAGAGGAACCCAUGUCCACCUAAUAAGAUGGUCUGUAUUUACACAAUGCAGAGAAACACAUGUCCUCCUGGUCACACACUCUGUAUGCAGGCCAGGGACACACAUCUCCACUCAACAAUAUGCUCUGCAUACAGGUUAGGGAAACGGGACAGUAAUCAAAAGAGCCAACCAUCCGAGCUAUUGCUCAGUAAGCCUCACAUAUGAGGAAAACAUGGAUUUUUCUCUCAGGAGAACCCCUGUUUCUUAUCAACAGUGCAGGAGGAAUACAUGCAGCACUAAGCAUCAGGGCAGUGUUUCACAGAGCAAGAGGAAUUAGCCAGCAGUCACAGCUGUGCUUCUCCACAGCUCACAGGGUACACACACAUAGAUCCUCCUCCACAGGGGAAGAGACACUGUGGCUGCAACGUUGCCCUUGCCAAAAAUGCAUGAACAGGUGAAACCACUCUACCUUCCGUGUGCAUCAAACUAUAAGACUCCCCAUCUCAUAAUGCCUCAUGGUGUACCAGCUGGGGAAGGGGGUUUGCAAGGGGCGCUGUAAAGCACUCGAGAAGGAAGCACAGCCUUUGCUGGAAAGCGCUCUGUUCAGGUACUAUGCAAUUCGCUUGCCUUAUUUCUAGAUCAGUAUUUAUUACUAUUAUUGUUAUCAUCUGCCUUUUAUUUUGCUGGGUGGGGGGAUUAUAUGAAUGAAAGUCCAGUUGCUACUGUAUCUUUUUAUAAAGUGUAAAAUGAAUGGGAUGUGCACAAUGUUUACUUCUGUGAGGGAAGAAAACAAACCUACGACAAAUACAUGGAAGUGAACCUCUGGACCUCUGUGCUGAGGGGGAUGGUGUGAGGAGACACUCUGAGCGCAGGGCCAGUGUUGCAGUGGGCAAAAAAUACCUGCGUUGACCUGGUAGAGUGUAGUACCCUGUGCCUACUAAAAUUGUGUGUUUGUGUCUGUGUGUGAUAUUGCCUUAUUACAUUUCCAUGGAUUGCACAUUAUGAAUCACUGGGGGGAAAAAUGCCAUGCUUAAGCGUAAGUACAGUCUUAAGCAACUUUGAUUGUAGGGACUUUCGUGUCACUCCAGUAAGUGGAUCGCUUGGAUAUCUGUUUGGCAUUGGGUACCUUAGCAGAAUCACAUGUCUUCUCAUGUUGAGGACUUAACAAUCUAUUUCUGACAAUGUUUAGGUACUCAAAAGUAAACAACCUUUUUAUUCCCAUCAAAAUGAUGAGAGAUGACAGAAAAACUGGUCUGUUUAUGCGGAGGGCAGAAGUUUCAGUUAAGUAGGGUAAUUAACGUGUGCAUUGGCUCCUUAAAUUCCAAACUAGUAUGAUUUUUUUCACUGAUUCGUACCUUUUCAGUUCAUUUGUAUGUAAAAGACAUUUUCUUUACUGGUUUUUUUAAAAUGUGUCUAUAGCAGGACAAACACAACCUGUGUUUACCUGCAGAGCCAGUAGGUGGAACAGGAGUGUGCACGUGGAACAGGAGUGUGUCAGUGCAGUGAACGAGCUCCAGUGUUCACAGCUUGUCUGCUGUUUGUCACUGUUGGUGAGGAAGAGGAGUACCGUUACCACGGAAACCAAAGUGUAUAAAGUCGAAAGUAGCGAGAAUGUCGCCCAUGUGUAUGGAAAGAACUGGUCAGUAACUGGGAAUCAGUCAAUUGGAAUUUCAGGCACUGUAUUGUAUUUUCAGUAAUUUUAAAUUAGUUUUACUACAGCAUGGAUUAAUAAAGUCUUACAGAAUACUCUUUCUAUUUAUUGUAGCUGUAUCUGAGGUUUUUAUGGAACUUAACCUAGGAGUAAAUUGAGAGAUGUCUACUGUUGAACUUGUAAUGAUUGCGAAUUAACGAAAAAGCUAACAAAGCCUUCUGUUCCCUGUUGUUGGCGAGAUGAGAGAGAAAGAGAGUAUGUGGAAAGUGUGUCCACCCGGUGUCACCGCAGUCCACUGAGUGUGUUUACCCCCUCACAGGUUCCCCUCACAGUGACAGAGGCCCACUCCCUGUUAUGCUUAUUCUGUGUCAGUUAUAUCGUCCGUUAUCCUUUAAAAAGAUCCAUUAUGUGUGUACAGGAGGUCUGCUGGAGUUCGAUCAAACCUUAGUGGCCUUUUGUUCAAAUUGUUUUAGAGUUAUGCUUAUGAUGUUAAGCAUUAUGCCAUUUUAAUCCUCUCUGUUGGUUGAAGUUACAUCAUACAUUCAAUUUUUUAGUCAUUUUCUAUGUUUUAUUUGAUAUUUUAUUCCAAAGCUUUUUUUUCUAUGAGUUUAAAUUUGUUUUAUAUUUUUAAUCUUUAAUAAUUUAUAUGCUGAAUGCAUCCUGAUAUUUAAAAGGAAAUCCUGCAAAACUGGGAAAUGUUUCAAGAUAUGUCACACAGUUAAUGAGGGCUAUGUUGCUUAUGUUAGAAGUUAUUGCAGUUAUAUAGAAAUUUGUCUGGUGGAGGGUGAUAUACGCCAUGAUGUGUCUCUGGUUUAACCUAAUGAUGGCUUGUGGAAAGACCAGAGUACCAGAUAAUGUACAGUCAUUAUUCAAAGUGGUAUGGUAUUUUAGCUAGCCACUUAACUCACAAACGAGUGUUUCUACUUAUUUUUCUCACCAUGUUUUGUAUUAGUACUUUACUCAUUUAAAUCCAGUUCAAACAUUCAUAAGAAGCAUUAAUUACUCUACUUAUUUUGUGUUGUGUUUCAAGAAAAUUUUGAGAAAUUGUUGCAGCAAGUAGAGAGAAGGGCUAAAAUGAGUGGAAAAAGAACAACAGAAGUACAGGCAAAGGUCCUGCUCAAAGAAGCAUACAAGGAAUAAAGAGAGACAGCAGGAAUACCAGUUACGUUUAAACCUCGUCCUUGUAAAGAUCUUGAGAGCCGAGUCCAUGCCCUUGUGUACCGUGUUUACUGUGGUAUUACCCUGAAAGGGUGUAGCAGUAGAUUUACAAAGCAGACAUCUCAUAGAUCUUUGUUUUUCAUUGCUUUUGUGUGUCUAACAACGUAAACAAAACCACUUGGUGUGUUCUAACUGCUGGAUAAGGGGUGUACUUGGGAGUGUUUCUAUUCAAAGGACUCCCAAGCAAACAUUGGGAAAUGUUGAACAGGCUGCGCACAAACACACACACACACAAACCACUGGACACUGGGGUGCUUAUACACAGCUUGGCUCAUAAAACUCUUACUGAUACAAAAAAGGCUUUCGGUAUACAAACCCCGAGUACAGUAAAAAGCUGUAACUAAAAACACCCUGUUUGUAUAAAAGUCAUGGGACACUUCACCACAAACGAUUGGUGAAGUUUUGGCUGGUACUGAGAUGCCGCAAGUUUGUUUGCUAUAGUUCUUCAUUCCCUCUGCACAAUGCUGACACUGGCAGUGAUUACAGCUUUAUUUAUAAGGCUCCUCCCAUUUGUGGUCCACUUCGGUUUUUAUGAAUCAGUGCGUACCUAGAAGAAAGCGUUUUAACUGCCACUUAUUUGGAUGAACGCAAAGAGAAAAUGCAAGAAUCCAAACACCUUUUACAUACUUCUGAAAUACUGUUGCAGUAUAAAUGGUGAAAAAAUGGUUUUGUAUCACCUUACAAUGCUGUAAACCAUUGUAACAAAGUAUUUUCUAAAAUUCAGUGAACCGAAGGAAGUUCUGUCUCACUUUUUAUAAUGUUCUGUCUCCGUGUCAAUUAUAUAGAUCUGAUGCAUUGUCAGUAAAACCUGUAAAAAAAAAAAACCUAAACUUACCAUCCCAAAUCAGGUUUACCUGGGUUUGUUGCCAAACUGUGAUUUCUGUAUUCCUGUGUCCUGACAUGGUCCAAAGAUGUAUUUAUUUAAACUGUAUGGAUAGUUCUUGCUGUGGGCAGUCCAUUAUUAGCUUUCAAAAGGUUUCUUUCAAAUCUUGCCAAACGCUCUGUAGAGAUUCACUCUUUUAUUGUUCCAGUGUCAUUUCUUAAGAUAGCUCAGUGGUAUUAAUUUCUGUGCAUGCAACAAGCAGCCAUAAACCACCCCAUAGAAAGUAUAAGCACUUGCUGUUAAUGGAUUCACAGUAAACCGGACAAUUACACUAUUUUGCCAUCAGCAAGAGAGAACAAUCUGCGGGGGUCCAUUUAUUCAGAAAAUGGUUGACAGUUGAUUAUCUGGAGAACGGAGAACACCAUACUUAAAACUUGGGGUUUACCUCAUUCAGGCAAGGCUAUCUGGUAUUCCUGCCUUUCCUUUGAUUGUUAAAUUACCCUGUUGGUCACAUCCUUAGGACUUCCCUGUGCUCAAGGACAAGUGAUUUCUAUGAGCCCAAAUGUGUCACUUCAUUACUGCAGUCAUGAUGAAGACUUUACAUAGACAACAAAGUUUAAAUAGCCAGCCCUUCUUUUUACUGCAGAAAAUCUACAACUAUUUCCUUUGUGCUGUUUGUUUUGGCAUACAAAAUACAUAAAUGUUCUCCAUACUACACUGACUUGAACACAGCAUAUAGGUGGUGAGCAAUAAUCAAUUCUGUUGUCUCUGUGUGUGAGAGAUGGAGAACAUGCUCCACCUGGAACACCUUCUGUGUCUGACUGGUCACUGCUCCUCAUCUGAGUUUACCAAAGUGUGGUUUGUAAAAUAAUGAUGAAGGUGCUACCUUCCACUACUGUCUGAAAAAAUUUUUUUUUCCCAGUGGUGCUGGUCAUAGACAACAGAAGGAACUUGCUUUGACUGUGUUGUGCGCGCGUGACCGAGAUGGAGAGAUUUGUGAUAUUUUUCUCAUGAAAUUUCAUGGCAGACUUCUUCUACCAGCUCCCACACUUGGAUAGCGUGUGACUCGUAUGAGACUGUGGCUCCUCAGCGGUCCUCUUCACUGUGGUAUCACAGCACUGAAAGCUGAAUAAGCUAAGGCUAUACUGAGCAUUGUUUUUGUCUGCCUGAAUUUAAAUUUUAUGUUGCCUUAUCCGCCCA